UGUCAGAAAGUAUUGAGUCGAGAAGAACAUGGACAUAGAAAAGUCAGUUUCGCAUCAAUGAAGUUAUAUCGUCGUCCAAUUGUUAAAAUUUCGGUUUUUUCAUUAAAAAAACAGCAAAUAUAUAAUUAAUAUAAAAAUGUAUUACAUAAUUUAUGGCUUUAUACAAAAUGAUAUUGUGCAGUUAAUUGUAGAUCGAAAAAAGUAAAAAGAUAUGCAAAAGCAGAAACUUGAAUUGCAAUAACUGUGCCAUUGCAUUGGUGUGAGAAAGAGAUGGGUCGAAUUGGCCAGUGAUGCAAGUGUGGCCAAUAAGUAUAAGAAAAAAGGAGUUGGUUCUAUGAGUGUCAGCUGGGUCUGUCAAAACGAAUGAAAACAGGAAAAUUUGCUUUUGUUUGUUAGUUUGUCUUUAAUUCUUCCGCUGUCUACUUUAUGCAAAUUUGAUGAAAAACUGAAUUAAUAAUCGUGAAAAGAAGAAAAGAAAACAAAUUGUGGAAAAUUUAAAUGAGUUUGUGGUAAAGGAAUCACAAAAUUGAAAAGAACCAUUGAGUUGUAGUUCAUGGCAAAAUGAAAAUGCGUAUGAAAAAAAAUAGUUGCAAAGACAUUCCAGCAAUUGAAAAAAGAACAGUGAAAAGAGCGUUCUGAUAAAUAGGAGAAGUGAUAGAUAGAGAAACGCGAGAAAAGCAAACCUGAUGAAAAUAAAUUGAAUAGUAAUGGGAUACAAAGGAAAAACGAAAUCAAAGAACGGGAACGAAUAAACGACGCACGACUUUAUCCAUCCACCACUAUACACGGGUAGGAAGAAAAGUGAUGCGAUAAAUCUGAGAUCUAUAGAAGAAAUGUGCUUCAGAGGCUAUAGAAAAAUUGCAGAAAAAACGAAACGCAACAAUUUUGGAUAUAAACUCGAGUUAAUCUCGACUAUAAAAAAUUGUACACCUCAUUUUUGUGACCAGAAAUAGGGUCAAAAUGAGUCCACAGGUCAGAUUUCGUUGCAUCGGAUAAGCUGCUGAUCCACUCAAAUUUGCUAAGAGUAUGAGAACGACCUUAUUGGGUACAUCAAUAACUUAUCGCCCAACAACAACCCGACAAAACAAACUCUCAUUGACUAUGGAAUCGCAUUCACCUUCUGUGCGACAGAAACUAAAUGCUGAUCCCAUGGCUGAAAAAACGGAACACGUCAAUCUCUUAAGUGAGGAGGAGGAAAAGGAUCCCCUAGCAUUAGAUACUGCAAUCGAACAACAGAGUUCGCGAAGUAAGCUAACAAGCAGCGCAAAACACAGCCACAGUUUACGACGUCAUGUUCCUCGUAUCAUUGUUAAACCUAUACCACCCGAGAAAAAGGUUACAGUUACGGCGACAACAACGUUGAGUAGCAACGUUGCAACGUCAACUGCAACUGCGAAUACUGUGAUUAAUGCCACCAGCGGAAAGAACACAACACCUAGCCCUUCAAGCCGUGCCAGUAGUAGUCGUCGUGCUCAACAGCAAGCUAAAGCAGCAGCUGCUGCUGCUGCUGCUGCCGCCGCCGCCGCCGCCGCUGCUGCCACUGCGACAUCAACCGCAGUGGCAUCUAUAACAACACCCAUAACAGCCAUUACACAAGCUUCUACUAUGCGUGAGGUGUUAGCAUCUAUACCAGGGUUCAGUUUUAAACCUCGUAGACGGUCUUCCAAGAAAAUCUCCACUGCUGCACAAAUCGAGCAAACAAAAGAUGGAAAAAUUGACCUCGAAACACCCGACUCAAUAUUAGCUUCGACCAAUUUGAGAGCCUUACUCAAUAAACAAACAUUUUCUAUGCUGCCUCCCCUAUAUCAGUAUAACCUCAUUCAGUUGCUACCAAGCGUUGAUCGCGAGGCUAUCGAAAUAGAACGCAAGAACAAUGUCGAUUCCACCGUUACUAUGGAAGCUAUAAAAUUGGGUCCAUCCAGCCUAAACAAUGAGUUCUUUGCACGUGCCUGCUUGGAGUGGCGUGAACGAUUGGCGGAAGGUGAAUUCACGCCCGAAAAUCAAAUGAAAAUGAAAACCGAAGCCGAGAGAGAAAAGAAUAAAUUGGAUCCAUGGAAAUUGAAACAUUUUGAACCGAUUUGGGGUGAAAAGUCUUACAAUCGCGCCAGUAGUACUAGUAGCAAUAGCAGCAAUAUAAGUUAUAGUAGCGGUAAAAGCAGUGAUAGUUAUACUAAUCUAAUAGAUGAGCGGCUAGAAUUCAAAUUGGAGAGUAAAGGUGGCCUGGUCGCCACCAUUGUGAAAACAUCCACAAAAACACCAACGGCAGCACCAGCAUCAACGGCCACAUCAUUAGCGGCGCAAACGUCAGCAACUUCUACAACGACAACAACAGUGACAUCAGCAACAAGUGCUGAGAGUACAGAAAAUACAACAUCUUCUUCUGUGGAUAUUAAAGAAGAGGGUGAAGAAUUUAUUGAUGAAUCAAUUGCUAGCACGAAUGUGAACUCAUUAAAAAGUGAGCAGGAAAUACAGCUAGAGGAGUUGCGACAGCAAGAACAAACAGGCUCGUCUACAACGGAUUAUGAAAAACAGACUGAUACAAAUUGCGAUGUGGAUAAUGUUGGUUGCACCGAUUCUUCGUCUACCUUUGAUUUAUUGCGUAGUGAUUCAAGUGGCAUACAAAGUGAAACAGCCGGUGAAGAGUCUAAAAUAUCUGUAGCACUUGCUGCUUUGGAACAUGAAAGACAGUUGAUUAAGUGUGGGAGCAGCGGCAAUAUACGUAAACGUUCGGAGUCAGAUAUUACUUAUGAUAAUCGUACACAGAGUAAGCAAAUGAAAAUGGAACACCAAAUUGAACAGCGCCAACAACAAAAACAACCUGAUUAUGAUAUAACUGACGCUGCAACCAGUAUAGAACAAGAAGUUAGUCAUGCCGUUAAAGAUGAGCUGAAAGACACACUUUCGGCCGCUGUGUCGUCAGCGACUUCAAGUUCACAAGAAUUGAGUGGUAGCAAUAGUUUAACCACCAGUUCAUCCACCACAAAAAUGCCCACCAACGAUAGUUUUUUGUAUAACAGCAAUAUUUACAAUACAAAAUUCGAGCAGCAAACUAAUGCGGCAUUAUUGCUAAAGGAGACAUUGCUUGCCACAGGCAGUGGUGAAGAGUUAGUUGUGGGCAAUAGUAUUGCUGAUAUUAGCUUGAAAGCGUCGAACAACUUCUUACAAAAUCCAGAAACAUCAUUUGCAGCAGCAAUUACUUCUGUGGCAAAUAGUACCUGUAACAGUAUUGCAACACUGCUGUCAGGAACGUCAACGUAUGUGAAUGUGAAUGCGGUAUUGCCGGCAGUGUCGCCAUUGCCAAGUCUCAACAGCGGCAUAACACUGCAAAAUUUCGCAACUCAAGACAAACAAUUGCACGGGUGUUCAAUCAUUUCAAUAGAAGAUGGCGAGGAUGAUGAUGAUGAUGAGCUCAUCGAGCAAAAGUUCGCUGACGCACAAAAUUAUGUUUUGGAAUCUGGCGAUGUUAGUACAGAUAGCAGUGCAGGUACGAGCAGUGCUUUACUUACGCCUGGCGACGUCGCUAAUAUAAAGGAGAAGAAAUUCAUUUUCUGUGAUUCAGUUGAUCAAGGCACAACAACUCAAACUUGUGACAAUCUCUUUGAAAAUAAGCAAGAUAUUGGCAGUUGUAUUUCAUCAGUGGCAACCUCAUCGGCAUCCUCGUCCUCUUCCUCAUCAAUGACCUCGGCACCGACGACUAGUGGUGAUGUGUUGUAUGCAACAGCGGCUCAACUGUCACACGCCGCUCCAGUAACACUCGAACAAAAGCAACAACAACAACAGCAGCAGCAACAAAUCAUAUUAUCGAUGACCGGAAAGAGUGGAGAGGAUUUGUUCCAUCAUGUGCAACACGAUUGGAACUUCGGUGGUAUAAAAUUGCAACAGCCAACCGAUGCAGCGUCAAGCAGUUUUAACGGUGUGAUACAAACGCAUCAAGGCGUUAUAAAAGUGAAAAAUAUGAAUACGUUAUCAGUUGAAGAUGCAUCUAUGCCAAGCGUGGAUGCAACUCAAGCUGACGAUGUCGCGGAGUGUAUGAGUUUUGGUGGUGAUGAAGAAGCGGCGGCAAUUGUUAAUUGUCGUGCUGUAGCUGGUGUCGGUGUAGGCGAUGAACACGGAGAAGAAGUAGUUGAUGAUAUGCGGACGGAAGAUGUUGAAGAUGUCGAUGAUGACGAGGCGGAGGAGGGGGAUGAGGACGACGAUGAUGAUGACGCUGAUGAUAAUGAUGCUGUACGUGAUAUAGUUGAUGAAUUGCAACAACAACAUAGACAACUGCUUAAAGACCAGCAGCAACAGCAACAACAACAACUGCAACAUCAACAGCAAUUAGAGGAACAACAAGAAUUGGGUGAAACAGAAAAUCAAGAACAUCGUGGCCAUUUAACGUACGAGCAACCUGACUAUGAGUUGGACUCGGAUAUGAUUUGCGAUGUUGAAAUGUCAACUAAUGAAAUGGAAGUGUCCAGCACGGUUAUAACCAAUAGCAAUUCCGACGACAGCAUUAACGAAUUGCAUAUGGGUGGCGGCAACAGCCGGCUUGAUGGUAACGGUGUAGGCAAUGUGACCAUACAAUUGAGCGCCCACUCACCAGCGACUAUAGGUCGUUUGGCCCAGCAACAGCAACAGGCGCAGCACUCACAAACACAACAAACAUCAACAGAGCGACAAAACACGCCACAACGGCAAAUACUACUCGAUACAAAUGGACAAAUUAUUGGGAAUUUCCUUGUACAACAUCAACAACAACAACAACAGCAGCAGCAACAGCAUCUCGAACACCAGCAACAACUUUUGCACCACGCCACACAGCAGUUUACCUUUCAGGCAGCACAAACGCAGCAACAGCAACAGCAGCAAACACCAACCUUAGCUCAACACAUACAACAGCAGCAACAACAACACGUACAAAAACCUCAUCACACGCUGUCGACAAUACGAAAAGCGAUCGAGUUGAGCACAAAUGGUCAACACUAUCUUUCGCCGGGUGCUUUAACUGCGCAGCAGCACAUGGGUCAACAAUUAGUGCUGCAGCAACAAACACCUCAACAAAGACACUUCUUGACACAGCCACAAGUUCCUACGGUGUCGGCAGCAACUAAUUGCAAUAUGGUCACUGCUAGCCCCACACAACAUCAGCAGCAGCAGCAACAACAGCAGCAUCAAAUACAUGUGCAACAACAACUACAGCGUUUUCAACAGCAGCAACAGCAACCGCCUAUGCCCGCCUUUCAAUCAUUAGCCACACAAGCACAAGCCAAUGCAUCAAAAUAUAUUUCGAAGCCAAUGAAUCUUAUAACAAUGUCGCGCGGCACGAAUGUGGCAACCGUUACGGGCACAAAUGCAAGCAUCGCUUCGGUCACUAUACCGCCCGGCGCAGCUGUGAGUACAUACCCGCCUUUUAGUAGCGCAAUUGCGAACUCAGCACGCACAGCCGAACUGAUUGUGAAUGCUGCGCCAAAUAUUAGUAAUGUUAACACAUCGAAUGUGAGCGUUGCAAAUACAAAUGCCAUUAAGGGUCUAACACCAGCUGGCAUCCCAACCACAAUUGCACAGCAACGGCCAACGAGUAAAUUACCAACCAGCGGUAAGGGACGUAAAACCGUAAACAAACUGCCACCAGGAGCGGUGAAUUUAGAGCGCAGCUAUCAAAUUUGUCAAGCAGUUAUACAAAACAGUCCAAAUCGUGAGAACUUGAAAGCACAAUUACGACCACCAUCUGCUAUAUUGAGCCAGCAUCAACAGCAGCAACAACAACAACAACCGCAGCAACAGUUGACACAGAGCAAUAUAGCAACGACAAUGACGCUGCAAAGUGCAGUUCCAACAGCACCGGCAGCAGCAUCCACUGCCGCUGUAUCAGUAGCGACCUCGUCGCCAGCUGCCACCUGCGCUUCGUCAUCUCAAAAUUUCAUCAAACAAGAGGACCUAACAAGCAUUCCUGCAAAUAUAAUGGGUGUUGGACGUCCUGGCGUAUAUAAGGUGAUUGGUCCGCGUAUGGGAUUUCCACGUAAAAAGUAUGUGCAACGAAAACCAUCGCCCACCCUUAUAAGACAUCUCUUUACACCACAAACAGCCAACACGCUGCACACCAACGUAACGACAAAUCCACGAUUGCAACAGCAAUUGACAGCAGCAGCAGCUGCUGCUGUGCAACAACAACAAUCACCGCAACCACACGACCUACAUCAGAAUAGUAAUGGUGGUGGACAAUAUGUCUUGGUGCAUCGAGCGAAUGUCGGAGCAGCUGAUAAUCAAGCGCCACGAGCAUCCAGCGCACCGCCCGUACCACAAACAACACAGAGUCAACUGCACAAUAUGAAUGGAAUACCAAUAACAGGACGCGGGCGUCCUGCCUCCGUCGACAUUGACGCUUCAAAUGCAAUGCUUGACCACACUAUACACAAUCAAUUGCAUCUACAACAACAACAAAUCAGUGCGAUAAAAACAACAGCAGCGACUGGUAUAAUGCGACGAAAUUUCACGGCAGGCAAUAUAACUUAUAUAGACAAUUUAAGUGGAGCCGCAGCUAUUUCCGAUGGCAAUUACAUAGUGACCGCCGCCAAUGCUGGCACACUGGAUGCUGAACAAUUGGUAAGCAAAGCCGUUGCCGUGGCCGCCGCUGCAGCUGGUAAUGGCAGUGGUGGCGUCGGUGUUGCUGCUGGCGCUGGCAGCGGCGGUAGUGGUCAUAUCACGCGCACUGAAGCGGACAAUUGUGCCUGCUCCUUGAAUGCAAUGGUUAUUUGUCAACAAUGUGGCGCAUUCUGUCAUGACGAUUGUAUGAGUGCGUCGAAGGUGUGCGUCUCCUGUGUGAUCAGAUGAGAUAAUGAAGUCUCUGUAAUAACCUUUUAGGCCUUGCGCACAUGUAGUUGAAGUAUUUGUGGUUCAGCACUAAACAAAACACAACAAUAGUUAUAUAUAUAUUAGUACUUGAAUAGAUAUACCUAAUUGCAUAUAUGGUAGAUAUAUUUACACCAAUAUAUCAACUUGAACACGAAUUCUGAAUUCUGCAAAAAAAAAAAAACACAAAAACAAACUAAAUCAACAAAAUAGUAACAAUAAAAUACAAUUUAACAGGUGGUAAAUGCAUAAAUAACUAAAUAUAAAUACAAAAUUAAGUUCUGCUAUAGAAAAAGUGCUUAAUGCAACUAUAUAAAUGCCGAACUAUGAGAAUCGCUGCCGUUCAGUUUGAACAAGCUUUGUGAAUUUUGUAUAAUAUAGCGAAAAGUAGUAUGUGUGCACUGGAGGAAACAAAAGAGUAGAUUUUUUUUUUUUAACUAUUUAUCUAUUGUUCAUCGCAUUUUUCUGUGUUUUUAAAAGCAUCAAUUAAAGUACUAAGAGCAGCGUUCAAGCAUUACCUUCCGAUUUGCUGCUACUUUCGCUAUAAUAUGCAAGAAUUUACAUCGAAUUCAAGUUAUGCCUUUAAUGCUGAGACGAUAAUUCAAUCAUUUUUCAAUAUUAUUAUUAUUUUUGUAUAGUUUUUUUUGGUAUAUAUUUAACAAGCGUUUAACAUAAAAGUCGCAUGUUAUUAAAAAGUUUUUGAAAGAAAAUCUUACUUAAAAAUUUACUGUACAGACCACAAAUCGCAUUAAAAGCUAGAGAAAAAAUGUUGUACAUUAUUGCAAUAUCAAGACAAGUGAAACGUUAAAUUAACAAUGAAUAUUGGUAAACAAUUAUGCACAUUAUUUAUGCUACUCUACAAGAACUUUUGUGAGAAAUUCUGCAUAAUUUGAUUGUGAGAUCCUUGGAAAGACUUCAAAGUAUAAUAUAAACGUAAAUAUAUACAUAUAAAUAUAUUAUAUAUUAAUAUAGUAGUACUAUUUUUUUAUUGCAUACCAUAAAUAUUUGUAAUGAGAAGCCCAGUUUCAUUCAACACUUAUUUUAGACAACGUAUUUAGUAUUUUUAUGUUAUCGUAUUAUCGUACACAAUAAAUGCGGUUUAAGUGCCGCUGCAUAUACAAAUGUACAUAUAAAAUGCAAGUGUUUCUGCUAGAACAAAAAUUUAAAAAAUGCAAUGAAAUAAAAUUAUGAAUUUUUCACACACACUUGCCCAACGCGAAAUUCUCACCAUCAAUAUAUUUAUUCUCAUUGAAUACUACAAAAUAUACAUAAUAUUACAUUUGUUUUUUUUUUUACAUAAAUAAGUAUGUAUGUCUUUUGAAAUUACAAAUGUUUCGAAAAUUGUUUUCUUUUUCCCGUUAUAGUCUGUAUUAAUAACUACUAAUUAAUUGCAAUAAGCGUUAUGUAUAUGUAACAUAUAAGUACAUUAUGUAUGUAUAUUUUUCAAUAAACAUACAUACAUAAGUAAAUAAAGCAUAAUAAUCUAUAUAUGUAUGUAAUAAAUAUUUUGUAUAUAUUUAUUGAAAUUCGAAUAUUUUAUGUUCGUUACUUUAUUAGUUAUAAUAUAAGCUAUAUUAUGUAAAAGUUAAUAUACACAAACAUAAAUACAUAACACAUAUAUAUAUAUAUGUAGAUUAUACUAAAAAUAAGCAAAAUGUUUACAAUUGGUUCCAACUGUCCGCUGAGACCAUACAUACCUUUAGAUAUUAACAAAACUUAAUUAUAACUAAGUAAGGCUUAACGCUACACACACACAUACAAUAUAUAUAUGUAUGCAUGUAUAUUUAAGUGCGUUCCAGCCAACUUUAUUGUUCACGCAUAAGAGAAUACACCAAUUUAGUUUUCGUUACAAUGCUUGAAGAUAUAUUGGUUAAGUCGCAGACAGACAAUGGAACCAUGGAGUAAGCGCAUAUACUGUAAAUAAUAUUUUAUAAGUCGCCUAAUACGGACACCUUACAUAACAAAACAAACAUAAAUACAUAGUACAUACAUUAACAUAAAAGCA